AUGGGGCCCCAAACCCUGCUCCUGCUGCUCUUGGGGGCCCUGGCGCUGACCGAGACCUGGGCCCGCCCCCACACCCUGAGAAUUUUCAGCGUCCUCGAGUCCCGGCCGGGCCGCGGGAAGCCCCGGUACAUCGUCGUCGGCAACGUGGACGACACGGAGAUCAUGCGGUUCGACGGCGACGCCGCGAAGCCCAGGCUGGAGCCGCGGGUGCCGUGGCUGGAGCGCCCGCGCGUGGAGCGGGAGGACCCACGAUUGUGGGAGGAGCUGACGCAGGACAUCAAGCACAACGAGCAGACGAUUCGAGGGAGCCUGGGCAAGCUGCGCGUCCAGUACAACCAGAGCGAGGACGUGCCGCACACCCACCAGGAAAUCAGUGGCUGCAUCAUGGGGUCGGACGGGCGACUUGUCCGCGUGUACAGUCUACUCGCCUACGAUGGCGCCGACUACCUCUCUCUAAACGUGGACCUGCGCUCCUGGACCGCGGCCGACACGGCGGUGCAGAUCACCGGCGAUCACAGUAUGGCGCAGAAAUUUGAUGUGGACUACUGGAGACUCUGCAUGGAGAGCCUUUGCGAGCGCUGGCUGCACCUGCUCCUGGUGGAGGGGAAGGAGACGCUGCUCCGAGCAGACCCUCCAGAGACACACGUCACCCGCCACCCCAUCUCUGACCGUGAGGUCACCCUGAGGUGCUGGGCCCUGGGCUUCUACCCCGCGGACAUCACCCUGACCUGGCAGCGUGACAGGGAGGACCUGACCCAGGACACGGAGACUGUGGACACCAGGCCUGCGGGGGACGGGACCUUCCAGACGUGGGCGGCCGUGGCCGUGCCCCCUGGACAGGAGCAGAGCUACACGUGCCGCGUGGGGCACGCGGGGCUGCCCGAGCCCCUGACGCUGCGAUGGGACCCCCCUCCUGGGACCACCGUCCCCAUCGUGGGCAUCGCUGCUGCCGCCCUGGGUCUCCUUGUUGCUGCGGUCGCUGUGGCUGUGACGUGGAGGAGGAAGCGCUCAGGUGGGCAGGGGUGGGGCCGAGGUCCCUGUCCCCCUGGGGGUCAGCCCCAGGUGGCCGUGUGCUCCGCCUCGUGA